AUGAGCCAAGUUGAAGGAGCUGAGUCACCUCCUUGGGGAUCUUUGCCAGUUGAGCGCUACUUAGUUAGCAAAUGGGACCCAUCUUCAACUCUGACGAUUGAACAGCAGCGAGAAGAACUCGUGAAAUCCUUCCUACAAGAAGAUGAUAUCUCGCCUUUCGCUUCUUCAACCGAUGACACACCAUCCACAGAAUUUAUCCAAACAGUGCUCGCCCCAUGGCGUCCAGAGAAACUUCGCAAAAUAGCGCAAAAAUACGACCCUCGGAAUCCUCUUUUCGAAAAGAUCAUCGUGCUCCGCACUUACUACAGUGGUGACAGUGAUGACGAAUUCAAUCGCUGGAUGAAAGAUGCGACCGACGCCUUCGAAGAAAUGGAUCCGUUUGGUGGUUUAUUUGGUGAGCCUGAAGAUCGAUGGUGGCGUAUCCUCGAUGACCCUUCACUUUUUAACACAAGCUCUGAAAGCUGGCAAAGCGUAUUCAAGGUCUUUCCUGAACUAGCAGCCCCAGAGCUUGGACGCGAUUUCAAUGAAAGCGACAUCGGGUAUGUCAAAGACCUGAUAUCAGUCAUGGGCGAGUCCCGAGACCUGGUAGAGGACGACUUUGAAGACGUUAUCUGCGAUGUAGCCAAGAUUCGAUUUUGGUUGGUCGUCGUUGAUGAAGAGGCUUUCAAAGAUGGGGAGUUACUCCUGGUGUUCAUGGAUAAGAAAGGCAACGUCGUUCGACAAUCGGGUAUCUUUCAUGAGGAUUUACCACAUCUGCCUCAUUAUAAUCUGGGCGGGUCGAUUACUGAGUCUGGAUUCUGGCGUGAUGGGGAGGUUGGGAAGAAGUAUAAGACGAGAGGAAAGAUUAUGCGCACGUUGCUUCCACUUGUGAUGGCCAAGGAUGAGUGA